GGAUGGCCUGCAUAGUCAAACUUCUCUGUUCUUAUGAUUUUAAACAAUCGCUUGAGUUACAAAAUUUUACUUAAUCUAUCAGUCUAAAGAAGCCUGGAUACAAUCGGCAUCUGUUCUUGUCGACAUCGUUCCCUGUAGACAAAUAUAAAAAAGACUUACCUCUGUGAUUUGUGCAGAAAUUGGUGUUCUUUGUGUAGAGAUCUCUCCAUCUGGCUGCUUUGGUUUGCUUUCUUCAGAUUUUCAGGAAUGAACGUCCCGAAGAAUUAAUGGAUUUGAAUCAGCUUUUGAAAGGUUUUCUACAUUCGGACAAACGGGGAGCAUGAAGUCCAACUCCGCCAUAAUUCCUUCGCUUAGGAUUCCAAUAUCUGUUUCUUGCUCCUCUGCCAAUGCCCAUUUUCAGAGAAUAUUCUCCAAUUCGAGACCGUCUUUUACCGCAGAGGCCGAGCCCCAACACCGACGCCCACAUUUUCCUUUCCCCCCAAAUUUGUUCGCGUCUAUGGGAAUGGAAAUUGCAUAUAUUAUGCUUACGUCUAUGCUUACACCUUACUUUUACGCAACUGCAACGGAAGUCUUCCCAGUCCACGCCCACUGCGCCAUUUCCUGACCGACGUGUUACUGUGCGAGGAAAUUAUGACAUGCUAUUUGCUAAGCAUGGUCUGCGUGUCCAACACACGGUUGCAUCGAGGCAUUCCAGGCCCACUGCGUAUAAGGUGUUCGAUGAAAAGUCGCAACCGGAAUUAUGAGGCUCGCUUUCAACAGUGGCUUUUUGGGUCUUUUUCCACGUCCCCUUCAAGACUUAUGCAUCAACAUAAUCAUUAUUCAACUUAACAUGAGGGUUUCUAGGCGGAGAGUAUUGAGCAGCAGUUUCCAUGAUAUCAACUUCAGACCCCCCAUGGUUAGACCUUAUGUUCGGUCCAAAAUGCCCAGAUUAAGAUGGACGCCUGAUCUCCAUCGCUGCUUUGUUCAUGCAGUUGAACGCCUGGGUGGAGAAGAGAGAGCUACUCCAAAGAUGGUAUUACAGAUAAUGAAUGUGAAUGGUCUUACCAUAUCUCACGUAAAAAGCCAUCUACAGGUUUGCCAUGGACAGAUGUAUAGGAGCUCAAAACAGGAGCAAGAAACGCCUCAAGUGAAAAAACUCAACAACCAUGAGGUUCCAGGGCAUCAACUUCCUGACCAGCUCCAUGGACGUCGCUUCAUCCAUCAGAAACUUGCUCGGAAAGAGAAGCAAGAGAUAUCAAAUGAACAAAGAAAGUGUAAAGAGAAGAAACCAAAUUCUUACCUCAUCUUCAAGGACAUAACAAAACGGUGCACUGUUCAGGAACAAAAUUGUUUUGGGAGUUCGAAGAGCCAUGAAGAUUUGAAAAGGUUGGAUCAUAGCAACGCUGUAGAGAGAGUUGGCGAUGAAACAAUGUCUCUAUGUCUGAGCUUAAGGUCAUUCCAGCCAUUGAUACUGAGUAAAGCUGCGAAUUCUGAUGUUAAUGAUGUGUCUCUCGAGCUUAGUCUUGCUUGAACUCAACAGUCAGUCGGAUAUAAAAAUGUUGCAGGUUCCACCUAACACUUGAAAUCAAACUCAUAAAGAAAAUGUAACUCAUUCACGAGUUCUUCCUGCUU